AUGGGCACUGAGUAUAAUAGUCUCACCGAGUCGCGACCACAAGUUCCUCGCAAUUGGGAUGCGUCAUACAUUGCAUCCCAAAAAGAAAAGACGGUUAUCAUCACGGGUGCCAACUCUGGUAUCGGCUAUGAGACAGCACUCGAGCUAGCACGCAAAGGGGCAGACGUUGUAUUGGCCUGCCGUAACGAAGGUAGAGGUAUCGAAGCUCAGACGAAACUUUGGCAAGUCUUAUCGACCACACCUGAUGCUGGCAAUGUGUACUUUAUGAUACUGGAUGUAAGUGACCUCGGUAGCGUGCAGAAAUUCUCAGACGAGUUUAAAGAGAAGCACGAUCGACUGGAUCUCCUCAUUAACAACGCGGGGGUGAUGGCAGUCCCAUACGCCAAGACAGUCGAUGGCUACGAGCGUCAAUUUGCUACCAAUCAUCUCGGUCAUUUUGCCUUGGUGGCGCAUCUUUUUCCUCUAUUGAAGCAAAGCACGGCAUCUCGUGUAGUCAAUGUAAGCAGUCUUGCACACUUGGGUGCCAAGCUGGAACAUUUCACGUCGGGGUCUCCGAUCAUGCGCUCGGAUGACCGAGGAUAUAGGGCAUCGGAUGUGUACUCUGAGUCAAAACUGAGCAAUUUAUUGUUCACUUUUGAGCUGACUCGACGUCUUCAGGAGCAAAAUGUAGUGGGUGUGACCUCUGUGGCUUGUCAUCCGGGCUUUACUUCGACAAAUCUAAUGGCCUCUCCUGCCACAGAAGGAGGAUGGUUUAGUCGUCUCAUGUGGCGCAUAAUUGGGAUCUUACCCGUUUUUCAAGAUGCACGAGCUGGAGCACUCCCCACCUUGUACGCCGCCACGGGACCUGAUGUUGAGAGUAACGACUACUACGGCCCUGGUAAUUACUUUGAAAUUUGGGGUCCACCGAAGCGCGUUCAGGCCAAAAGCACGGUUCACGAUGAAGCUGCGGCGCGAAACCUGUGGGAUGAGAGCGAGCGACUGGCGAAGCUUAAGUUUUGCGUGUAG